AUGGAUGCUUUCGCUCUCUCUGCCCUCCGUCCUCAGGACUACAGCGUACCAGAUAUCAGUCUUUUCCCAGAGGAGAACGCAGAGGGCAAGAAGGUGAUAUUCAGAGAUACAUCCGAAGAUGCCAGGAUUUUUGGCUUCCCCAUCAAGGCUAACUCCAUCAUCAUCAAUGCUGGACUAUGGCUGGUAUUCGCACAGCCCUUCUUCCAGGGUGUGCCACGUGUCCUUGAGGUGGGUGGGUACACCAACCCUGCAGCCUGGGGAGUGGAACAGCCCUAUGUGGGAUCAUUGCAUCCCCUAAAAAUAGCUGAACCAAGAGUGGAAAAUAUAAGCGAACCAAAGCUUGUGAUCUACGACAAGCCAUACUUCACUGGGAAAUCAAGGACCAUCACCACUAACAUGAAAGACUUCAUGACACGAACAGACAGGCAACAGACUGCCUUUAUGUACAAUGUCGGCUCCCUUAAAGUACUUGGAGGAAUCUGGGUGGGCUACGAGAAGGAGGGCUUCAGAGGCCACCAGUACCUGCUGGAGGAGGGGGAGUACCAUGACUGGAGGGUGUGGGGAGGCUGUGAUGCUGAGCUGCGUUCUAUUCGGCUGAUACGAGCAGACCUGACAGAACCCUUGAUGGUGAUGUUUGAGCAGCUGGAGGAAGAGGACGAGGGCGCGCAGGAGGAGAACACCUUCGAGGUGACAGAGGCCAUAGCUGAUGUUGAGGUCUUUGGGUACAAAACCUCCACCCGCUCCAUCCAUGUACUCAGCGGGGCAUGGAUUGCCUACUCCCAUGUGGACUACUCUGGUAACCAGUACAUCUUAGAGAAAGGUUUCUAUAAUAACUGUGCUGACUGGGGCUCUCAGGAUAAUCGCAUCUGCUCAGUGCAGCCAGUUCUUCUGGCUCCAGGUGCUCCAAGUUCAAAGAGCAAGAAUGAGAUAAUAUUGUACUCUGAGCCAGACUUCCAGGGCGAGUGUCGCGUCUUUGACUCCAACCAGGAUUCAGUGUCAGAUAAACUUCUGGCAAAGUCCUGCCGAGUGGUGGAAGGAAGCUGGGUGCUCUACGAUUCCAAACAGUACGCUGGGAACAUGUAUGUCUUAUCAGAAGGACACUACCCCAACUUAAACAGCAUGGGAUGCCCCCCUGGCUGCACCAUCCGAUCUGUCAAGGCCGUGCCACUGAUGUUGUCAGUUCCCUCCAUCUCCCUGUUUAGUUUGGAGGGUCUGGAGGGCAAAGAGAUCACUACAGACACAGAGAUCUACAGCAUGGUGGAAGAGGGCUUCAACAACCACAUCCUCUCUGUCAGAGUCAACACUGGCUGUUGGGUUGUGUGUGAACACAGCAACUACAGGGGGCGCCAAUUCCUGCUGGAACCAAUUGAAAUCACCAACUGGCCGAAGUUUAGCUUGCUGGACACUAUUGGCUCCAUUUAUCCAAUCAGACAGAAGCGCCACUUUUUCCGCAUCAACAACAAAGAGAGCGGCCACUAUAUGUCUGUCCAGGGCGGUGUGGAGGAGAUGAAAUCAGGACGAGUGGUGGUGGCACCAGAGGUGGAGCCCAUGAGUGAUAUAUGGUUUUACCAAGACGGAUUGAUCAAGAACAAGCUGUCCCAAACCAUGAACCUUCAGGUGAUGGGCAACGUAGAACCAGGAGCCAAGCUGGUUGUAUGGACAGAGACCCGCCAGCCUGUCCAGACCUGGACAGCCCAGACGACAGGCCUCAUUUCCAGCCUUACUUUCCAUGGCAUGGUCCUGGAUGUCAAAGGUGGCAAAACUUAUGACAAAGACCAUGUGGUGAUUAUGCCAGAAAGUGAUGAGAGGCCAAGCCAACAGUGGGAGAUAGAGCUGCUGUAACCUGAUGUCAUAUUCCUGUUUAUUCAGCUUUCUUUUACAAUCCCUGAAUAUUACCUGAAUAUUCUGGCAACUAAUACUGCGUCUGCCUUAUCGUGUAAUUCAUCUGAAUGCCCAUAACUACUUUUCUGAACAUAUAAAUAUGAACAUUGCAACAUUAAGAAUGCAGUACAAGCCCUGGGCAGCUGCUAGUUCUACCAAGGCAAUCUGUACACACCCAACUGGACUUGGAUUAUCUUCAAGAUAGUUCAGUAGAGUGUUUGAGAGUGGAGUCAUGUCCUGAAAAUAAUUCAACUUCCUCCGGAUGAUGAUUUUCUGUGUGCAAGGACUACAGAAUGGCUAACUGUCAGUGCCUUGACCUGUUGCAGUGACUGGAUUCAUCUGAUGAAUUAAAAAGCACAAAUCAAGUAUAAAAAUAUAUAUUUUUUAAAUGUAUGUAUGUUUUGAAGAUGUACUGAUCUACUGUAUCCAGAUUUAGUAUGGACAGAGUCAUUCACAUUUGUAUGGUUUGAUUUGUCAAUAAUUUGAGUAUUCAAACUAGAAUCUCCUUGUUUGUAUGACUCUAUCCUCAUGCAAAUCCUCUGGCUGUAGAAGCGCUUAUAGUGUAUGCGUUCAUAACUUUGUUUACAAUGGAGCAAACUGAGUCUUAAU